CCCAGCGCUCCCCGUCCCGCGGUGACGCCGGAGGCUGCGCGACAUGAGGAUGACGCUGGCCCUGAGCCUGGCGCUGGCCCUGCUCUGCUUGCUGCGCGCGGGGGCUGCAGCCGCAGUGCCGGACAGAAGCGAGAUUGCAGGGAAAUGGUACGUUGUUGCUCUGGCCUCCAACACCGAGUUCUUCCUGCGUGAGAAAGGCAACAUGAAGAUGGCAAUGGUCAGAAUCUCUUUCCCAAGAGAGGACGAGCUGGAGGUCUCCUAUGCUGUCCCCAAGCCAACAGGGUGCAGAAAAUGGGAGACUACCUUCAAGAAGACCAGUGACAGCGGUGAAGUCUACUACUCAGAGGAAGCCAAGAAAACGGUGGAAGUGCUGGACACUGACUACAAGAGCUAUGCAGUGAUCUUUGCAACUAGAGUGAAGGAUGGGAGGACUUUGCACAUGAUGAGGCUCUACAGCAGAAGCCGUGAGGUGAGCCCCGCAGUCGCAGCGACCUUCAGGAAGCUUGCUAGGGAGCGCAGCUACACGGACGAGAUGGUCACCAUGCUGCCCAGACAGGACGAAUGCAGCGUUGAUGAAGUGUAGCAGUGCACAUUUAGUUGUAAGGGGAGACCAGAAACUCAUCCCUGGCAUGGCUGAAGCACAGAGAGCAGAGGAAGGCCCUGCACGCUCCACUGGCCUCCCACCUCCAAUACUCAGCACACCUCUCCUGGCUGUUCUCCACAGGAUGGCUGAUGAAUGCUUCUUCCUAAAA